AUGGCUUCAAAAGCUUCUAUGCCCUCAGCCUUAACCUUUGAGCUCUUGGCUCGUUGCUCUACUACGAAAGCGAGAGCAGCCAAUUUGAUUCUACCUCAUGGUCCGGUUCAAUUACCCUUAUUUAUGCCAGUAGCCACUCAAGCAUCAUUAAAAGGAUUAACUCCGCAACAACUGGAAGAUACAGGUUGUCGAUUGUGCCUGAACAAUACCUAUCAUUUAGGUUUGAAACCGGGACAGGAAGUUUUGGACAAGAUUGGAGGAGCGCAUAAGCUACAAGGAUGGAACCACAACAUAUUAACGGAUAGUGGAGGUUUUCAGAUGGUCAGUCUCCUCAAGUUGGCCAAUAUCACAGAGGAAGGUGUGCGAUUUUUGAGUCCGCAUGAUGGAUCCCCUAUGUUACUCACGCCUGAGCAUUCCAUGUCUCUCCAAAACUCGAUAGGAAGCGACAUCAUAAUGCAACUCGACGAUGUAUUGGUUACUACCUCCCCCGAUGCGGAAAGAAUGCGCGUAGCAAUGGAAAGAAGUGUGCGAUGGCUCGACCGAUGCAUUACUGCACAUGCGAAUCCGACUACACAAAAUCUAUUCUGCAUCAUACAAGGAGGGCUCGAUUUAGAUUUGAGAAAAAAGUGUUGUGAAGAGAUGGUAGCAAGAGGGACACCAGGAAUUGCAAUAGGUGGGUUGAGUGGUGGUGAAGCUAAGUCGGAUUAUUGUCGUGUGGUAAAUACAUGUACAAGUCUCUUGCCAGAAAAUAAGCCAAGAUAUGUUAUGGGAAUUGGAUAUCCUGAGGAUUUGGUGGUCAGUGUGGCUUUAGGUGCAGACAUGUUCGAUUGUGUAUGGCCUACAAGAACAGCACGAUUCGGAAACGCAAUCACCAAAUAUGGACUUUUGAAUUUGCGACACGCAUCUUAUGCGAACGAUUUUGGACCAGUGGAAGAAGGAUGUGGAUGCGUAUGCUGCAGAAAAGGAGAGGGCAGUCUGGGCAUUACCAGAGCAUUCGUUCACCACGUAGCCGCGAAAGAGACAGUUGGAGCACAUUUACUUACCAUGCAUAAUGUCUGGUAUCAGUUGGAGUUGAUGAGAACUGCUAGGACAGCUAUCAUUGAAGAUAAAUAUCCAGCUUUUGUGAAGAAGUUCUUCUCGGAUCUUCAUGGUGGUGAGAAAUCAAAGUAUCCAGAUUGGGCAGUGGAGGCAUUGGGAACAGUUGGCGUGGAUUUGAUGAAGCUGAACCGUUUUAUUGACAUGGGGUCGCGAUCUACGCCAAUACCGCUUCUCUUCUCUAUUUGGAAACUUCGCGACAUAAAGAAUAGUGAAGUGAGUGAAGGGUCAAGAAUUUCAGUGCAGAAGCUUGAGCUUUCGCCUGAAACACAAUUCACUCAUUUGUUUACAAUGGCGUACUCACCGCCAGACAGUGAUAGAAAUAUCAGCCCUUCACACGUUCCGUUGCCCCCCUCUACAACCAAUAAUGAUACUCCAUUAUCAAAUUCACUGAGACGCCUUUCAAUUAGCAACACUUCUAGAACUGCUCUUCCGAUUUCACCUCAAACGAUUUCUCCAAGGGCCACAUCAUAUAGUGGUCGUCCAAAUCUCUAUCCAUCACCAAACGGUAGAAGCCCUGUUCUCCCAAGCCCCUUACACCGAAGUUCUAGUUCUGCGAGUUUCGACAACCGUCGCUCAUCUACCUCAAACCUGCAUCGAAAAACAUCUUUGAGUUCCCUCAAUGCUGAAGGAUCAACACCAUAUAGAGAUUCAACAAACAGAAGAUCAUCUACACAAUUUGCACAUAGAUCGCCAUCUGUCAUGGGUAGUAAAUCACCCCUCUCCCGAUGGGAAGAAGAUAUGCGUGAACCUUCUCCACGGCAUACUGCAGCAUCUAUCGCGAGUUCGCAUUUCAAGUCGGAAUUGGAUUUACAAGAUAUGAAUGAUAGUUCAAGAUCUGCAGAGACUAUUGUUAUACUUCACGACUCGGUUUAUGGCCAUCGCUUCUCCCGACCUAAAACUUCAAGGACUGGGUUGAGUACAAUCGUUGAGAGACCUGAACGAAUCCAUGCUAGCAUACUUGGACUAUCUGUAGCAUACGUUCGUCUGGGCGAAAGACAUUCUGAAGGUCGUUAUCCUCUCCAUCCUGGUAUGGAAGCUUCUGUGGUACCUAGCACACCCUUUCGCAUACAUAAAACUACUCGCCGAAUGCCUUUAUCCUCUCAAGCGAUCACAAAUGUACAUGGAGUAAAAUGGAUGGAAGAGCUGAAGAUCAUGUGCGAUAAUGCAGAAUCGAAGCUUGCUACAAAUGGAAAAGAACUGGCUAGACCCGACAUGAACAGAGGGCCCAAUGAAGAAGUUCCUUCUAAGUUUCACGAGGGUGAUCUUUAUCUGUGCUCGGAAUCCUUGGAUGCUAUGGAGGGUGCGUUGGGUGCUGUAUGUGAGGGUGUGGAUGCUGUUUUCGAAGGCUCUUCCACUGGACUGGGACCACGCCGAACUUUUAUUGCAAUAAGACCUCCUGGACAUCAUUGUUCAGCGAGUUAUCCUUCUGGAUUCUGUUGGGUGAAUAAUGUUCAUGUUGGCAUUUCACACGCUGCACUUACUCACGGAUUGACUCAUGCGGCUAUUAUUGAUUUUGAUCUUCAUCAUGGAGAUGGAUCACAAGCAAUUGCUUGGGAACAUAACACUCGCGCGAAUGGAUUAACUAAGAAUGCCCUACCGUGGAAGAAGACUUCGAUUGGCUAUUUCAGUCUCCAUGAUAUUAAUUCGUAUCCAUGUGAGAUGGGCGACGAAGAAAAAGUCAAGAAUGCUAGUCUUUGUAUAGAGAACGCACACGGACAAAAUAUCUGGAAUGUUCACUUGCAACCUUGGAAAUGUGAAGAAGAAUUCUGGGAACUAUAUGGAUCAAAAUAUUCGGUAAUCCUCGAGAAAGCACGAAGCUUUCUACGUACACAAUUUGAUCGCCUUCAAGCAUCUCCUAAUGGACCAAAACCAAAAGCUGCCAUUUUUUUGUCGGCUGGUUUCGACGCUAGUGAGUGGGAGAGUUCUGGUAUGCAACGUCAUAAAGUCAAUGUUCCAACCGAAUUUUAUGCUCGUCUGACUCGUGAUGUGGUUAAGCUUGCAGCCGAAGAAGGUACAGGGGUAGACGGGAGGAUCAUUAGUGUUCUCGAAGGUGGUUACAGUGAUCGUGCGUUGUGUACCGGGGUUUUGAGUCAUCUUAGUGGCCUGUCAGGAAGUGAUCCUGUAGCUCAUACCGAGAAAGCAUAUACAGGUCUGAACUUUGAAAUGGAUCAGAAACUUGGCGCAGACCCAUUAAGCCCUGGACUGCCGUCUCCUUACGGGUUCAUGCCAUACGAUCCAUUAUGGUGGUCUGUAGGUCGGUUAGAGCAGCUUGAUGCAGCUAUGAAUAGUACACCAACCCCUGAGGAGCCAAAAAUUCACAAAGCCACCGGUCCUCCAGGAAACUUUGCAUCUCCUACACAAUCGUUCAUCGCUAAAGUUGUCAAUACUCCUACGGCGCAACGUAGUGUAUCCACCAUGGGUAUGAGAAAUGGAGGUCCAUCACCACGAGCAUCAGUUCCUAGACCACCUACUCCUCCACCACCUAAUGUCCAUUGGACAGUUGCAGCUCACGAAUUGAGCAAAUUGCUUAUUCCAACUGACAGGCAGACGAAGAGUUGUCAAUGGGAAGAUCUCGCGGCUGAAGCUACCAAAGCAAGAAAAGAACGCCAAUCUAUAUUAGCACAACCCGAAGGUGCUCAACAACCUGCAAUCCCAGAGCCUACUAACGCUAGAAUGUCUUUAAGAACAAGAAAACCUGCACCGAAAUUGGUGGAGAGUGUUGAAAAAAAUGAGGUUAAGAAGCCUGCUGCAAAAACAAAUCGUCGGAAGACUGUUGCCGGCUCGGCUGCUUCACCUGUACACAAAGCUCCUCUCAUCCCAAGUACGACUCAAGCACCCGAAGCGAAUGUUACUCAACCAAUGCAGCAGCCUGUUAAAAGACUGAGUUUGGCAUCCACUACCGGACCUAUUCUCCCUCCAUCCCGACCAAUACCUGCCGCUAACAGGGCGCCAUCGUUCUCUCAAACGCCUGGCAGUCCUAUGAGCGCACGAUCAGGAUCUCCCAUGAGUUCUCGUGGACCUCCUAUUCUACCUGUGGUUGUGAAGAAAACAAGAGCUCCGGCCAAAGCUCGAACUGAUGCCUUAAAAUCAGGUCCAGGUCGGCCCCGGAAGAAGUCUCCAGUGACUGAUCUCCAUAGUAAAACAAACAAUGCUAUUGGAGUCGCCUCGGCUGCGGAAGGUAAUAGUCAGAGCUCUGAACUCGAUAGUCUGACUUCUGGUAUGAAGAAGAUCAAGAUCAGUCUUCUCACUAAUGCCCAGAGAGAGGCAAAGGAACAAGAAAAGCUGAAGGCAAAAAUUGAGCAAAGCCAAGUACAUGAUACAACGUCCACAACUAUGAUAAACGACAGAGUUUCUGAAAGCGCCAAGCCUGAGAUGACCUUUGAUCAAUCCGAAACCUCUACACCAAUAGAGGGCAUCUCGCCAGACCCUUCAACCUCUCAAUUAUAUCUUCCUCCACAUGUUCCUUCUCAUAUUCAAGAAGCUGAACGAGUUCCUUUGCCAGCUAGUUCUCCUGUCGCUCCUCUGGUACAAAAUGAGUCCGGUAACUUUUCAGACCAUUCCUCGGAACACAGCGCGGACAAAUUUGUCCCCUUCCAGUCUCAAGGCCCGCUUCCAAGCACAAUGGCACAACAAGAACCACUUCGGUGGCUACCUCCGAAUACUAACACACUAGCUGCAAUGAAGAAACAUGAUCUUCCAGUCUUUACAUCUACGUCCGCUAUUCCUUUUGCUCCGAGUCCGAACGCUCUUGGCAACCAAAACGAACAUUCAAACUUCAAACACGAUUCACCUGCUUCCGAAUCUACGCAGUUGGCUCCUUCAAUCUGGGACAUUCCAGUCACACCACGGAAUCAAUAG